AUGGAGCAAAGUCUGAGGGGGAGUGAUUCCUGGAUACUACCUUGUAAAAGAGCUAGCCCUGUAUGCUGGAUUAAUAAUGUAUUAGCAUUGUAAUUAGCAGUGAGAUACAGAGGACUGGUUGUUUGAUUGUAGUGUUUCUGAAGUGUUGGUGGAAUCCUCUCUGUCUCAUGGAGUUCAGUGAGCUACAAAGACAGAGCUCCACUAUAGCCCACGGUUACCAUGGUGCCCAGCAGUUGGUGAGGUUACGGAGUAAGUCUGUAGUGUCCAAUCAGAAUGGCCCUCAGUUCCACUGGGGUUCUCCCCCCUCGGAGGGGGGAGAGGAGGGUGACUCGGGACCCCCUAAGGACCUCAGAGAGCGGCCUAUGACCAUGCGCCUGAAGAGAGCGAUACGGGAGGUACAACAGAUGCGUGUGCCUGUGGUGACUAGCUGGCAGUCGUGGAAAAGGAGCAAGGCCAAGUCCCUGAGCAGGUUCAGAGCAGAUGCAGGGGGAGUCAUGUCCUACGUAGCUCUGUGGAGAAAGGCUCUGCAUAAGAUAGGAGGACACUUUGGCGGUGGUGUCCAGUCCUACUUCAUGUUCCUGCGCUUCCUGGUGGUGCUCAACUUCCUGUCGUUCUUGCUGAUUGCUGGGUUCAUCCUCAUCCCCAGUAUCGUGUUCAGAUCCACCAGCACCAGUAACAUGACAGUGGACGACACUGGUCCAGAGGUGUGUAAUGUCUAUGAUCCAAAUCUUCAAGGUCUGGUGGUGUUUUACCAGUACUUCCUGGACUUACUCUCUGGAACGGGUUUCAUGGAGUACUCCUACAUGUUCUAUGGUUACUAUAACAACACCGUGGCAGAGAGCAGUGGCUUCCACUACAACCUGCCCCUGGCCUACCUCCUCACCUCCGUCUUCUACUUCGCCUUCUGUCUCAUCUGCAUCAUCACACGCAUGGGGAGCGCACUUCGCGUUGCUGUGGCAACAGGCAGCGGUGCUGCCGGCAGUUACAGCAAGAUGGUGUUCACUGGCUGGGACUACGGUUGCCAGGGAGACCGGGCCACCAAACUCAAACAGAAAAGCAUCCACUACCAGCUACAGGUGGACCUGGAGGAGGAGAGGCUACAGAAAAAGGCUUUGUCUCUAACCUUAGGUCAGACAGUGGGUCUGUGUUCUCUACGCAUCUUCCUCAUGCUCGUCUCCCUCGCCCUCAUAGGAGGAGCUUUCUUUGGCAUCUUCAAGGCUACUGUCUUCAGCCAGGCACAGGUUGGAGCAGAGGGCAUUCUGGGCCUGUUCUGGGUUUACCUUCCUUCCAUCGUCAUCACAACAGGAAACUUUGUUGUGCCCCUCAUGUGUGACCAGAUAGCCCUGUUUGAGAGAUAUUCUCCUAGUACCACCAUCAUCAUGGCACUGUUCAGGUCAGUGUUUCUGCGUAUGAUAAGUCUGGGAGUGCUGCUGUUCACUCUGUGGAGUCAGAUCACCUGCUUUAAAGACAGUCCAAAAUGUGAGCUCUGCCAGUACAACAACAAGGAAUAUCCGUGCUGGGAGACGCGUGUGGGACAGGAGAUGUACAAACUGGCCUUGUUUGACUUCCUCAUUACCAUCGCCAUGCUUAUCCUGGUGGAGUUUCCACGCAGGUUGUUUGUGGACCACUACUCCUGUGCACUGACCCGGUGGGUAGGUCGUCAGGAGUUCUUGGUGCCUCCCAAUGUGCUGGGUCUGGUCUACGGUCAGACAGUGGUGUGGACUGGAGCUCUGUUCUGCCCUCUGCUGCCUCUUAUCAACACACUCAAGUUCUUCAUCCUCUUCUACUGCAAGAAGGUCACUCUGUUUUCUAACUGUCGUCCGGCGGUGAAGACGUUCCGCUCCACCACCUCCACCAUCUUCUUCCUGGUGGUGUUGCUGUUCGGCUGGGGCCUCGCCCUCGUCGCCAUGAUCUACAGCCUGGCCCAGAUCCAUCCCUCUAUGAGCUGUGGUCCGUUCCGCUCUCUCACUAUGAUGUGGAGUAUCGUUCCCAACACCUUCUACACUCUCUCCCUGACAACACAGGACUUCAUCUUCUACAUGGGCUCCCAGGCCUUCUCCAUCCCUCUCUUCAUCUUCUCCUGUGUGGUGCUGUGUUACGUAGCAGCUCUAGCCGCAGUCUAUGGGAAGAGUGUUGAUCUGCUAAAGGCCCAGUUUAAACUGGAGGGACGUGAUAAGCAGUUCCUGGUCAAGCAGAUUGAAGAGCUGAGUAGAGAGAUGGGGGUUCCAACAAGGGACCAAUUGGACACAUUUGACACUGGUGCAGCAAACUGACUCAGACACCAGGCUCAAACCCACGGCCCAUAUCCCGGCCCAAGGCACUUCUUGUAGAUUUGAAAGGCUUAGAUAGGUUUUGCAUGUGGCAAUAGCACAAAGCACAUAUCUACACCUUCACAAAUCACUUUACAAUUGUCACUCUCUAGUGUGCGAUAGCUACAUUUGAGGCAAAGUUUUACUUAUGAUUGAGUGGUGGUAGUCUCACCUAGCUACGGUAUCUUAAGAUGAAUGCACCAACUGUAAAUCACUCAGGAUAAGAGCUUCUGCUAAAUGACUAAUCUGCUUGCUUCUACACCUGCAUUGCUUGCUGUUUGGGGUUUUAGGCUGGGUUUCUGUACAGCACUUCGAGAUAUUAGCUGAUGUACGAAGGGCUAUAUAAAAUAAACUUGAUUUGAUUUAAUCUAAAUGUGGAGACUUCCAUGGGGCUAAGGGUUAGUAUAUUAAAGAUUUAGAUCUAUCUCUCUCUCAUAAUACCUGUAACAGCAAUUGCCAUGUUCAUUGCCUUUGCAUUCUCUUAAUCACCUCUUGCCUAAAGAUUAGACUGUUACCGUGUUUACCCCAUGGUUAUUCAGUGUGAAAGAAGUCGUCCUAAAAAAAAGACGCAAAAGUCUCUCCAAGCCAGAAUGUUGAAUACAAUUAUAUUUACACUUACCGGUUGUCCGUCCUUUUGACGGUAGGAAGUGGAAAUAAAAUAUCUACAGGAAAGUAUUGUUUACCCGAAUUUUUGCGGCGACCGUAGGUUCUGUCUCCCGAGGCAUUGUUGCACAUUAUGUAAACAGUAGCCGAACGUUGUCGACCGAAGCAAGUUCCCUCUCAGUGAGCUGGGUAUAAUUUGUGUAACGUUCCAACAGGAAUCUGUUACAAAAAGUUCGUAAAUAUCAAGGUUGCCAGCAAACAACGGAUACAAAAUUGUAUAGCGGCAGAAUAAGAUACCGAGUGGGCUAUUUCAUUGUUUUUCACUCACCACGUUUAUAACGAAAAAUGUCUGUCCUCACUCUAGUAGCCUAUGGACAAACAUUAAGAAUAAGCUACGUGGUGAGUUGAUGCCUAUUCGUCAGCUAGUUAAAUAGGUGAAUUUAUCAUGUUAGUUUGUAUACAACAUUAUAACGUUACUUUACGAAGUUUUUGGAACAGAUUCCUGUUGGAACGUUCCACCAAUUAUACUCACCCAUCACCAAGAAGUGCUUGUGAAAUUUGCCAGUUGAUUGUGUGGGACAACGUUCGGUCUGUGAUUCAGUUAAGCUUGGCCAUUACUUACAAAUUGUGCAAGUGUUUGUCAUGUGAGAAUUGUGUCAGUAUUGAAAAUACAAACGAAUAUACAGACCAGUCCAGCUUAUUGAAAGUCAGGUUAACACUUCCCUGGUGAUAUUUUGUUUGUUACUUCCCGACAUAACGACACAAUCAGCGCACAACAGGUAAAGCAAGUUAAAAUAAAGAUUAUUCAACAUUCUGACUUGUAAUGGGACUGUUCGGGAAUGCUGAACCUACAUGUUAGAUACAAGCGUGUAAGUCUUUCACUCUCGGAUUCUAAGAGGCUACCUCUAGCCCACCUUUACAACAUUAAAUGUGUUUAUUUUUCUAAAUUGA